AGUUAUUAUCAAGGAUACUGGUUUUCUGAAAGGGCUAUUUAUGGAGACAGAGCUUAACAGUGACAAUGUUAAGGAAAAAGAGGCUAAACUUGCCUUUUUGACUAAGCUCAUUGAAGCUAUAAAGGUUCUUUCUAAAACAGACCUAAAAGUACGUCCAAGCAAAAUCGUUGCAGGCCUAGAACCUACUGAAACCAACAUUUUAUUGCAAACUAUUGCAAAAUGUAUUGAUAAAAAGAUCAGUUCCAAUGAAUAUGUGGCAAAAAUUAAUUCUGCUGAACCAACUGGUAAAACUGAGAAAAAAUCCAGCACAAAGAAAAGAGAGACUAUCAAAAAAGGGAGGAGCAUAGAAACUCCUAAAACUACUGACAGAGCUAAGGAAUCAUCUAGAAGCAAAGAAACAAAUAAAAAGGAUAAAAAGGUCAGCAAUAAGCCUGAGGAAAAAAGCCAGAAAAAAACAAAGGCCGAAGGAGAAACACUUGAAACUAAAAUAAGAGAAAACCACAAAAAUGAAGUUCCCGAUCCUUCUACUGAAGAUGAACCUGAACUUAUCAUAAAGGAGACCAUUAAUGAAGCAGCUGAGCCCUUAGUACAAUCUCCAAAAUCAACAGAGCCAAUACUGAAUCAAGAUAUUACCUCUUCUAAUGCGAUACAGCCUCUACCAAAUACAUUUUCCAAUGCUAGACAAAGUAGUGCAAACCUAAUCCGACCAAAAUCUGCGAGACCCAAAAGCGGAGACCGUGUCUUAUCCUCAAGAGGCCCAAAGGUGGAUGAAAUACGUCCUCAAAGCUCUUUACGACCACCAAGUGUCCGUCCAUCAAGCGCUAGACCUGGAGCUCCUAAGUUAAGGCCAGAAUCAGCAUUGGUUGGCACUAACAUUAAGGUCAUAGUUGAAAGUUUUGAUAGCAUGUUAUAUGAAGAUGGCACUGUUGUCAUAGAGAAUGCCCCAGAAGAAACCACUAAUGAAGAAUUAGUGAUUUCCACUAGUGAAAAUCAAGGUCAAUUAGUUGAGCAAAUUCUAGAGCAAAUUCAAGAAAAGGAAAAUAUUGUCAGAAGAGUUGAUAUCAAUUGGGAACAAGAUGGUUUACGUGGUAAGGAUGCCACAACCAAAGAAGUAACCCAAUUAAGAUCCCUUAUACAAUCUUUAACAAAAACAGCGAACCCUUUGGGCAAAUUGAUGAACUAUUUGCAUGAGGACUUGGACGUUAUGCACAAUGAGUUAAAAAUGUGGACCAAUAUGAAGAAGCAACUCUAUAUGGAGAUCGAGAAACAAAAAAAGUUAACUGUCGACUCCAGUAAGCCACUUCUAGAGCAACUGGAUCAAUUCAAACAGGAAGUCAAGAAACUCGAGCAGGAAAUUUUUACGGUACGAAGCAACGUUUUGAGAAAUGAGCAAAGAAUUUCGGAAUUUUUAGACAAAAAUUAGCAAAAAAAACUAUAAGGUAGCACCCCUAUUCUAUUUUUACACUGUUGUAGUUCUUAGAGUUAAUUAUUCCAAACAAGGAUUCAUAAGAAAAAAUGUGAUAUUGGAAAUAAAUGAAAAUUAGAUGUUUCAA